AUGUCGCCCGCACCAGUGAAAUGCGUCUGGGCAACUUUGCUGACCAAGACCAACUACCUUCAAGGCUGCGUCGUGCUCGACGCCUCGUUGAGACACCACGGCUCCCAGUACCCUCUCGUCGUUUUUGCGACGCCGUCUCUACCCCAACCCGCUCGCGACGUGUUGCAUGCUCGGUCGAUCGAGGUGCACGAUAUCGAAUACCUCGAACCCAAGGACAAGACAGAGUUGGACGAGCAUGAUCAUCGGUUCGCGGAUACGUGGACCAAGCUGGGUGUUUUUGGGUUGACCCAAUAUGAAGUUCGUUGAAUACGUGCGGAUUUUGAUCAAUAUCAUCACCUGCUCACUUACUGACGGUGAACUGGUCUGGUGGUCAGAGGAUCGUCCUGUUGGAUUCCGACAUGCUCGUCAUGGCCAACAUGGAUGAGUUGAUGACGAUGCCGCUCGAACCGGAUCAGAUCGCUGCGGCGCAUGCGUGCACGUGCAAUCCCCGUCGGUUGGCUCACUACCCCGCAGAGUGGUUAGUUUUCUUGGAUCAGACCGCUGUCUUAUCAGACCCAUAUCCUGACACCAUUUCACCGACCCACUCUAGGACACCUGAAAACUGUGCCCAUACCUUGGCACGACACACUGACCCCCUCCCCGCCGACCAAUUCACCAAGCCGACUCACCAACUUCUCAACUCGGGUCUCGUCGUUCUCACACCGACCCCCAUCAAUUUUGCCAAGAUACUCGACACACUCGCCAUCGAUCCCAUCAUCAAGACGUUCAAGUUCCCUGAUCAGGAUCUACUCGCUUACGUCUUCAAAGGCAAAUUCGUCCCUUUGAGUUAUCGGUAUAAUGCAUUGAAGACAUUAAGGGACUGUCACCAGACCAUGUGGAGGGAUGAGGAUGUCAAGAAUGUACAUUACAUCCUGGACAAGCCGUGGGCCAAGAGGGUGCAGAAGGGGGAUCCGAACGAAAAGACUCAUCGGUGGUCAGUUCCGGAAGGGAUCGAGAUAGGCUCACUCGAGAAGGUUGCUCAUGAGUUCUUUCGUUGUCUUUGCAUGCUUCAGGUGGUGGGACUUUUACGAGAAGGAUGUCUUGGCCAAAUGGGGGGACGCACCGGGAAGGGAGUUGGUCGAAGCCGAAGUCGUCGCCUGA